CAAAGAAACCGAGUAGGCUGGGCCUGAUCCUGAUCUCAGCAACGCUGCUGCAAAUCAUCAGCAACUGGAGCUGCCUCAGUGUGGGCCAGGAAAUCGACGAGGACCGGCUCCCCAACCCAUUGCUGAAGCCGGGUCUGUCCAUGUCACCCAGACAAAGGAAGAAGGUCCCCCGCACGACCCCCACCAUGAAAGAGCUCCAGAUGAUGGUGGAGCACCACCUGUGCAAGCAGCAGGCGGAGGAGGAGGAUGCCAGCAUGGGGAGCCAGGAGCCACACAGCCCUGGGUGCUGCCACCACGGUAACACAGACCCCAACCACAGCCCCGGGGGAACCUGCCCCCUUGCCCAGGCCAAGACCAGGCUGGAGUCUCAGGAGGGUAACCAUGCUGGACCAGACGGGAGUGAGUAUAACAUGGACAUGCAGGAAAGAUAUUAGGGUGUCCCCAGUGAU